AUGGACGAGGACGACAGAGAGUCGAACGCCAGCUCCGAGAAUGACCAGGACGAGGUCAUGGAAGAUGCCGACGACGCCGACGGCUAUAAUGAAGCUGAUGACGACGAAAACGACAAUGACAAUGAGAACGAAAACGAGAAUGACAACGACAACGAGAACGAAAACGACAACGACAAUGACAACGAUGAUGACCAGGACGAUGGAGAUGGCGAGCGUGAAGAGACGGCAGAUGACGCGCAAGACGCUGGCAACAAGGGCCCUGACGACGGCGCCUCAGAAAAGGCUGACCCCGCGAAUGGUGAGCAGGCUGGUGCAGCAGGCACAUCAAGAGGUUCGCGCUCCCCCUCAGCGCAAGACGACGAAAGGGUCCAGCCUCCUUCGUCACGACUCUUUCCCACCGUCCGCCCGGAAGCCCUGACGGCGAGACUGUACGAUAUCGUCCCAACAAUGGCUGCCCCGCAAGCCACCAGCAUCAACGCCCUCGCCGUGACGCCAGACUUACGCUACUGGGUUACCGGUGGGUCGGAUGGCUACAUCAGAAAGUACGACGGCCCUGGCACUAUCAAUGGCAAGCAGCUCUUGACCGUCGCUCAGCGCCAUCCAUUUGUCGACAGUGUCGUCAAGGCGGGCAUCCUCAUGUCAUACUGGGAGAACGAGGAGCCCAGCCCUCCCAAUCCGCGUGGCAACGAGGAGCACGUCACCUCGCCCGUGUAUUCCCUUGCCAUUCAUUCACAAGCCUUGUGGCUUUUGUCGGGCCUCGAAUCCGGCGGCAUCAAUCUGCAGAGCGUGCGGCAUGACGAGGGUAAGCGAAUCACCUGUCUCCAGCAGCACACGAACGCUGUGAGCGUCUUAACCCUGGCUCAAGACGAAACGAGCGUGCUCAGUGGGAGCUGGGACAAAAAUAUCCUCGACUGGGACCUGAACACAGGCACCGUCAAGCGGCGCUUCGACGGUACAGGUAACCAGAUCUCGGCCAUCGAGCUACGGCCCCUCAACGGCGCACCGGUGCCCGCCGAGGCGUCUGACUUUCAGGCGAAGAAUGAGACCUUUUCGUCGAGCAACAACCGGCCACCAACCAACGGUGCUUUUGCUGGCGCCAAUGACACAUUCAGCGCAGCGCCUGCCAACACAGCAGCGGCCGAAACAACGGAAGCCCAAGCGUCUCCGGCGCAUGAGUCUCUGUUUGGCGGCAGUGACACUGGAUCCCUAUUUGGCGAAACAGGCGCCGGAGGGUUCGGGGGUGAUGACGAUGAUGAAUUCUCACAGGCCAUGAACAUGACCAUGCAUGAUGCGUCAGGCCAGGAUGGUGGCAUGGAGGGAGGAAUGGACCAUUCCGCCGACAUGGCGACAUUCGAUUCCGAGACGGUGCCGGCCCCGGCUGUUCAACCGCCUCCGAGUAGCCCAUUGGUGGCGAAGCAACCCCCACCGCAACCUUCGCCAGUUGUGCAUCCGGCACCUAUCCCAGGGCCAGCGGCCGACCCCAUGGUCACAGACCCAACACCUACCGAACCCACGGGAAUGGGUGAGUUUCAAGCUGUCACUUCUGCACAGACAGAGCAGCAGCCUCCAGACUCGCCGUCUCUUGUCUUCUCAUCCAGGCCAGCUCCCCCUCCGCUCGACCCAACACAGUCCUCCGAUACUGUAUUCUUGUCGGCCGCCAUCAACGGCACUAUCCGCAUCUGGGAUCGCCGCGUCCAAGAUCCCGUCGCGCGGAUCGGCACCCGGACAGGCGUGCCGCCGUGGUGCAUGGGCGCCACCUGGAGUCCUGACGGCAACUGGAUUUACGCAGGUCGGCGAAACGGCACCGUUGAAGAGUUCAGCAUUCACAAGGCCCGCAGUGGAUGGGACCCUGAGCGAACCCUCAAGUUCCCAGCCGGCUCCGGCGCCGUGACUGCUGUGCGGGCGAUGCCGAACGGGCGACACCUGAUCUGCGCUUCGCAUGAUAUUCUGCGUCUCUAUGACACGAGAGACACGGCGGCGUUUAAAAAUUCGAGCGUUCCCUUCCUUAUCGUACCCGGCCCACCGCGUGCUGGUGUCAUCUCUUCGCUGUAUCUCGAUCGCACAUGUCGUUUCAUGAUCUCGACGGCUGGCACACGAGGCUGGGAAGGCUCAAACACAGAGGUGCUGAUAGGAUACGAGAUCAACGUUGUCGGCGAAAAAUAG